GAGGUCUUCGAUGAACCUGAGGUCUUUCGACCAGAAAGAUUCCUCCUCUCCGAACACGGGACGAAACCUGGUGUGGAUAGCAAAGACUGGCGCGCAAGUAUACCCUUUGGGAGCGGAAGAAGACUCUGCCCUGGAAUAAAUUUAGUCAACACAAACCUGGCGUUCACCAUUGCCACGUUGGUCUGGGCGUUUGAUUUCGCUGCUGCCAUUGAUCCAGUUACGAAGGCACCGAUCCCUGUCGAUAUCGAUGCGUAUGAGGAGGGUCUUGUCUUCAGACCUCGUCCGUUUGCUUGUUCGAUCUCACCCAGAAGCGAAGCAAAGGCCAGAUUGAUCAGACAAAGGUUUACUGAUGCGACACCUGCUUUCUCGAAAUACGAGUUGUUCCUGACAAAGGAGGAAAAGUGA